AUGUCGUGUCCGCCGAUCUUCCAGGUCUGUCCAAUCGGACUAGGAGCUGGCCGCCGUUGUUGGCGGUGGACAGGCUCGGACUGUAGCGUUCCUUGUCCAGAUGGAAAGUGGGGGCCUGACUGCAAUGGCACGUGCCAGUGUGCCAAUGGAGCGCCGUGUAAUCGCUUUAAUGGCUCUUGUACCUGCCUCCCAGGCUGGCAUGGUCCGAGGUGUGACCAACAUUGCCCGGAUCAUCGAUAUGGGCAGCACUGCACCAAAUACUGUGACUGUGAAAGGGCACUGUGGUGCCACCCUGUGACUGGGACGUGUCACUGUGCCCCAGGUUGGGCAGGGCAGCGCUGUGGUCACUGUGAGCCAGGUCGCUGGGGACAGGAUUGUGCCUCCCAGUGUUACUGCCUGAAAGGGGUCCACUGCCACCCGGAGAACGGUACCUGCCUGUGCCCCCCGGGGCAUAGGGGCCCGAGCUGCGUACACUAUUGCCCACCCGGUUCCUGGGGUCCUGACUGUGUUCACCAGUGUGCCUGCGAAAACGGGGCGACCUGUCUCCCAUCGACGGGCAGGUGCCAGUGUGCCCAGGGAUGGACUGGCACCUACUGCACGCAGAGGAACGGCUCGACAGGAAUUUCUGCAGGUCACCCAGCGGAUGGGGCAUCUCUCGGGGCGAUUAUUGGCAUCAUUGUCCUCCUCUCGGUGCUGGUCAUCCUCCUGGCCAUCUUCAUCUAUAUCCGGUACACAUACAGGCACAAAGGCAGCAGGGUACCAGCCAUAUCCUACACUCCAGCAGCUGGUGUGUCGAAUGGGGAGUACGCUGUGCCAGACGUGCCACCCAACUACAUCCAUUACUAUGCCAACCCCAGCUACCACACGCUCUCCCAGUAUCGACCGAGCCCCCCACCUGUGCCACAGCUCCCCAACAACCACAACAGGACCAGCUCCAUCAAGACCACCCACAACCAACUCUUUGCCAAGAAGAUGAACGAGGAGAGGGACCGAGCAGGAGCCGGGCACCUGGAGAGCAAUGCCACGUUGCCAGCUGACUGGAAACACAGCCCCAAACACAAGGACUUCGGUAAGGAGCGGCAGGAGGCCAUUCGGCCCAUCGGGAACAUGCUGCGCAGUCGCGGCUCGCUGACCAACAGUGUGGCGGUCAGUGGAAUAUGGAGCGGGCAGACGUGGCGAGGGGGUAGAGGUUGGCGGGGUGGGGGGUUGUUAGAAAUUUGUAGAAGGAGGGCAAAAGCUAGCCUGGUGACCACACUGUCCAUCAUCGGAGUCACUGAAAGGGGGGACCGAAAUCUGCCGUCCUCUCCCGGUCUGGGCCUACACGUGUCUCCAGGCCCUCAUCCAGGCAUGGGGCUCGACUCCCAACCGCCCUCUGAAAUGACCCCUCAGCCCGGUUCUGCAGGCAAUUAG